AGGUUGCUGGAAUCUUUAUGAAAUCGGGGGGUAGGAGCUGCAACACAUUUUAGAGCAUGGGUUCCUCUCCUUCUACGUUGCUGGUGUUGGAAGGACCCAAUGGAACGCGACAGAUACACACGGGCAAUCAAACCUUUCUUGUCACUCGGAUGAUCAGCCCUUCCGACUCCAGGGAGAUGUCGCUGAUAGCGCAGCAGACCAACCAGGUCGCGUUUGCUGGCCCGUCAAGAGGACGAGCGCAGAUUUUUCAGACGUCGAACAUCAAUGCGAGGAGCGCCGACCGAAUGAUGCUGCUGAUGGAGGCGCUGGUGGAGUUCCUGGAGGCAGUUGAGGGUGGGGCGAGGGGAGGGACGCUAGUUCCACAAGCAGAUCUAAGGACCCCGACAUCAGUCGUAGCCUCGCUUCCUACAUGCAGAUUCUCGGGGGGGGAUGACUCCAAGGAGUGCUACAUCUGCCUUUCGAACUUUGAGACGGACGAGCUCAUACGAAAGCUCCCCUGCCAGCACGAGUUCCAUGCUCACUGUAUCGACAAGUGGCUGCUAGACGUCCAUCGGACUUGCCCGUGUUGUCGGGUAGACAUUUGCGAGGCGCUAGAGCCUUGUGAGGAUCAGAGGGAAAAGUUAACAGGAGGGAGAUCGGAGCUGACAGCAGCGGGGUGGGCUCGAGAGCAGGACUAGCUUCCGACCUGAGCUCGCUGUUCCAAGAAGAAGG